AGUAAAGUACCGCUUCCUGCCUCUAUGUAUUAAUGUUCAUGGGUAGCCUAAAUGGGUUCUAUUCAGACCUUAACAGUAAUUUAGUAUUAUAUGUCAACAAGAUUCAACAAGACAUUUUCCCCUGGCUAUACCCAAUGUUUAGAUCUGUUGUGGUAUUUAUGCAAAUUAGCACAUACGUAAUUAGAUUAUGCACCGCUUGCCCGUGUUAACAAAACAUUUUUUUUUUUACAUUUUUCGUUUGUCUUGAUGUAAGUAAUCACCUCAGUAAUUUUCAUGGUGAUAUCUAAAGGUUAAAAUGUUUACCUUAUUCCCGUGAGAAAAAGAAUGAAUAGGCUUAUGAAUAGGCUAUAUUUGGGUCUUUUUCGAAACUUUCCCCUAAUGGGAUUCUUUGGGGCUUUUUUUCUUCCUUACUCAGGACAUAUUGAGGAUAUAAAAUCAGUUGAGUUUGCUUCCGUUGCAAUUUGGCCUACCUUUUUUCAUAUAAUGACUGGACUAUAAUGCAGGGGUUCUCGAACGCAUCGCUCAAAGGUCUGAAUCAGAUUUUUAUUCCAGGUCAGAGAAAAACAUUCGGUCCGCUUUUUGAGUUUCAUGCGGUAAAAGUACAGCAGUAUUCUUAGUUUCAUGUAGUAAAAGUACAGCAGUAUUCUCAGAUUCAUGCAGUGAAAGUACAGCAGCAUUCUCAGAUUCAUGCAGUAAAAGUACAGCAGUAUUCUUAGAUUCAUAUAGUAAAAGUACAGCAGUAUUCUCCGAUUGAUGUAGAAAAAGGAAGUUUUUGUCGCUUUGACAUUUUGUUGAGUUUGCUCCUUAUAAGAUAUUAGCAGAAAUAUGAAUCCGCUGCUGAAAAUAGUCCCAACAAAAGCACUAUUCACUGGCUCAAUGUCUUCAGUAUUCAGUGUUCCACGGACGGACCGAGGAAGUCAGAACAUAUUGUGAGAUGGAUGCUUCGUUGGUUUUGGACUUUUUCAGCAGCAUGGUGGCCCAGUGGACCGCCCAAGCAAGAAGGUUACGGGUUCGAAUCCCGGGCGUCCCCGGGCCUUUCUGUGUGGAUGUCUGCAUGAUCUGCGUGGGCCCUCUGGGGUGCUCCGGUUUCCCCCCCACCUUUAAACUGAGCUCAGAUCUGGAGUUGGUACCCGGGCGCUGUACUGUAAGUGCUGAUUGGUUAAAGUGAAGAAUGAAUUUCGCUACAUGGAUGUGUAAUGUGAUUUCUUGCAUGGGAUGACAAUAACAAAAAUGUAUCCAAGACGUUUUUUGUCAUUUCAUCUUUUUCAUGAUUUCAUUAUAUAUUUGCAGUAGUUAGAGAGCCCGCUGAUUACCACUGCAGACAUCAGAAAUCAGUCUCAUGAUAUCAAAUAAUAGGAGCUGCCUCAUGUUUGACUGUGUGUGUUCAUAUUUCUGUGUGUAUGUUUAAGGUCUCUCAGCGGGCCCCCUCGAUAAUUAGAGGCUCCUCCCAAUGAGGGGAGGCAAACAGAUUACAGCAGAAAGAGAGGUGGAAUGCGGGACACGGAGAGAGUGACAGAGGAAAAACAGGGAGCAGGGUUGAGAAAGAAAAGGACAACUCUCCUCCUGUUGCUGCCUUCUCAUUUCUCUCCCAAAACAUCCCAUCCGUCACAACACCUGACUCCGUCUCUGCUCCCUCUCUACUGCCCGCCCGAUGCCAAAUCACACACGUACACACUUCAGUUUAACGUGUGCGUACGAGAGGUCUUUGAUCAUUCCGGGGACGCUAAUAACAGAAAUCUAAUUUGAUCUGCUGGUGCACGGCCUUCGCGCGCACUCCUUGUCCUGCACUUAAUGGGGAUCAAAGUCGGUUCCAACAGCAACGUGGUUCGUAUCUAAAUAAUCAGCAGGAAAUGACAUUAAUUCACCGCUGCAGCCCGGACAUCAAAAGAGCCCGCCCGACCCUCUUUAUUUUACCCCUCCUUUUUCAUAAAACCAAGAAAAAGGGGAGGGAUGUGUGAAAAGAGGAGGGUUGACGGGGGAGGAAGACGGGAGGAGAAGGGGAGACGGGAGUCAGCAGCGGGAGUUGGCCGAGGAACAAGCAGGAGGGGAACCCAGCAUGGAUGCGGCUCGUUUGUGCAACAGCAGAUCAGGUUGUCCUGGAUCCUCCAGAUGCUUCGCGGGACGCUGAGGGCGAGGACGAGGUGUUGCCCCAGCUGGUUUGGGAUGCUAAAGGCCGCUUUCCUGGCCCGGACUUCCUGUGUCGCCUGGUGAAAUACCUGCAGGUCCUUGGGAUGUUCGCCUCCUCCUACAUGAUCGUAGCCAUGACGAUGGACCGGCACUACGCCAUCUGCUUCCCCCUGCAGGCGCACCGCAGCGGCGCCACCCAACGCUGGAACAGCUUCAUACUGCUGGCAUGGGGGCUGUCACUGCUGCUCAGCCUGCCACAGGUUUUCAUCUUUUCCCGUUCAGAAGUGGCUCCAGGUGUCUAUGAGUGUUGGGGCAACUUUGCUGAGUCGUGGGGCCUCAAAGCCUACGUGACCUGGAUGACCCUGGCUGUCUUCAUCCUCCCUGCCCUCGUCAUCACUGUCUGCCAGGUGCGAAUCUUCAUGGAGAUCCACAACAGUCUGCACCUGAAGUCAGAGCGCCGCCUGUCCCCGGCCUCCCUUUCCCCAUCCAGACGGGACAGCCAGAGAGCGGAGGGGGGAGAAGGCGGCAGAGGGCGGUCCGGUCUCUCCCUGUACGUUUCACCAGUCGUGUUCAAAAACCCUGGGAGUGACACCAGCUUUGACCCUGGCUCCAUCUCUCAGCACCUGCCCAUGGGUCCACUCGGGGCCAACAGCAUCAUGUCACGCUGUGAUCCUCACACAUACGCUGUUCACCCAGUUGAGUUGAAGCCUGAUGUGCUGCCUGGCCCUGUAGCGCCCCCUGCUGUCUGCUGCCGUUUGCCCAAAGCCCCCCCAGCCCGUGGUGGCGAGGUAUCAGCGGCCAUGUCAAAGACAGUGAGGAUGACGCUGGUCAUAGUGCUCGUCUACUCGCUCUGCUGGGCCCCGUUUUUCAGUGUCCAGCUGUGGGCCGCCUGGAACCCCGACCCAUCUCAGAACGGUGCAGUGUUCACCCUGCUGAUGCUGCUGGCCAGUCUGAACUCGUGCACCAACCCGUGGAUCUACUCGGCCUUCUCCAGCAGCGUCUCCCCGGAGCUCCGGCUGCUGCUGCUCUGUCGCACCGCCUCACAGCGCCGGGGCUCGUUACCGAACGACUCCACCACCACACACAACUCCAACUGCUGAACAACACAGUCAAGUGCAAAAGCCUGUGUAAUGAUGGGACACGUGAAUAAAAAAAGUCUGUAUAUUGUACUAUCUAUAGUAUGCUAUAAAACUAGAGCGCUUACUUUUCCACAUUGCUGUUUAAAGAAUAGUUUUUUACAUUUUGGGAAAUACACUUAGCUACUUUACUCGCUUUCCAGCGCAGAGUUGCCUUUUUCAUCACCGAAUGAGUACGCAGUGCCCAGGUCCUCGGGUAGUCUCGCAUUGCCAGACAGCGAUGUGGAGUAACGUUAACGUUAGGUCCUCGGUGAUGUGGACACGGAUACCAGGGUACCAGUGUACUUGAAACUGUCCCUCUCCACCGAGGACCCGUUGAUAUGACUCUAGUCUGCUUUUAUCCAAGAAAUAGCUAGCUAGCUCAAUUUUAUUUGGAAAAGCUAGUCGGGUAACUAACGUUAGCUACAUAAAGCACGUAGCUAGCUAGCUAGCUAAUACGGUGAAUUGUCGUUCUUUACACUUAGUUUUUAUAACUGGCAAUUCUUUUAGCUCACUAACAAGUUAACGUUAUAUCUCGUUUGUAUUUUAAACUAAGUUAAAAAUGACAAACUUGUGGUAGAAAAUCUUAUUUUUUUUUGUACGAACUAAAUCCACCUACCAGCACUUCUUAAACUACACCGUUUUAAAGAGAUUUGUACCGGACUGGCUUGGAACCGCCCGUUGCAAAGCAAACGUUAGUAGCUAGGCAGUAACUGCUCUUAUCCAAGAAAUAGUCGGGUACAUAAUGUAAACCCACGUAAAAACGUCAUAUUGUCGAUGUUAGAUUUUUAUGUUUUUUGUACAGAUUAAUAUAAAGUUGUAUGUGAGAUAAACUGAAUUUUAAUUAGUUUAGAGGUGCUGGUAGGUUUAUCCUGUUUGUUUAAUUUGUAGACAAAAACUGAAGUUUUCCUCUUGGAAGUCACUGCUACCAGCCACAAGAUAAUCCGACACAAACCCACAAUUUGUCAUUUUUAAAAGUUUUUUAUACAAAUUAAACAAACAACAUAUAACGUGCCAAUAAGUGUGCUUCGAGGUUUUAGGGUGAUUUUGCUACAUUUCAUUUGAUAGUGCCUGAAUAGCCGUUUUCAGUAAGCUAGCUAAUCGGCUGCUAGCACAGUAGCUAUGGCAUAUGCAUCAUACUGAUCCCUGGGCAAGUAAGGCUAAUCAUAUUUCCCACAAUGUCAAACUAUUUCUGUAAGUACAGUGUAGGUACAAACUGCUGUAAUACAUUUUAUAAAAUGUAAUUACUGUAAAUGCCCCUAGAUUCUGGGAAGAGAAAAAUAAAUAGUGUGCACGGUUUUACAAUCCGUGUAUUUAUUUUUCUCCCCCUUGAGCUUCAGGACAAUGACUACAAUAGUGAGUUAAACCCCCUUUUAACAUUAGAAAACUGAUGGGAUAUAAAAUACAGACCAAGUACAUUAUAUACACAGUAAACUUCUGAUAAUUAAUUUGCACACAAAUAAAUAUCAUCCAGAAUUCACAAAUUCUUUAUUAUUGCAGGGACUGCAGAAGAUCCCAUUGUUAAAUAACUAUAACCCAGAAACAGGAGAAAUUAUUGAUAAUUUUAGGUUGCAGCAAUAAAGUGGCUCCUGCUAUGAUAAACAAAUGAGUGAGUUAGAAAAUACUUAAACUAAACUAGUUUAAAAACCAUUCCAGUCAAAACCAUUUGAACAGGUGAGGAUGAGGCUUGGUCUAAAACACUUUGCCCUGAUAUAUAUGAAGAAUAACACCACAAUUAUCUCUCAUCACUCACUGACAUUUUCCUAAACAGAAAAAAAAAAAAAAAAAUUCCCCCGCUCUGCCUCUGAUUGGCUAGUACUCUGCAUCUGGGUCAGAGCCAAUUAGAAGCAGGAUGUGGGUGGGAAAAAAACUCUGCUGUGUCCUGUGUGUAUGGGGAAAGGGGAGGGACAGAGGGAACAGGCAAGACAAACUCCUACGUUUGAAUUACAUAUCUGCUCGACAACUUACUAUGGAGCUGGGAACAAGCCCAAAUAAGCAACUACACUUUAGAAACAAGCCCCCAAAAAAACCGCGACCCGCGACUAUCAAUAUUUGUAAGCGACUUUACAGAAAAACAAGCCCAAAUUCGCUUAUAAUAAGCGGACUUGGCAACACUGCUCCAGACUGCUGAUUUAAAAAUUAGCCUCAUUUCCUUUUCAUUCUUCGACAGAACAUAACAAAUGCAAUGAUAAUGUUUUAAAAACCAUUUAUUCAUUGUCUCAGUCAUAAAAACAUUCAUACAUAUAUACACAUAAAAACUGCCACAACUAAAAAAAAAAAAAACACUUUCCAGAAACUUCAUAAAAUAAUUUUUUUUUUUUG